CUUCCCCCUGACUUCCACAGUGUAUUUAAAGAGCCUGCAUGCAUCAUUUUAUCAUUGCACAAUAUUCGAGAUGGCUACAGUGCACGAAGCAAAAGUUUUAGUGGACGAACUUGUCACCAUACUGCAGCAUGGAGCUAUUGGCCUAACUGUGAAUGAGGUGAUCAAGGCUGGCUCUCUAGGACACGGCACUGCAGUUCCAGGAGAUUUUGACUUGGACCUUGUCAUCUACUCUUCAGAUGUAAAUGCAAUAGAGAUAAGAGACAUCGGAGCAAGAGGAGAGCGCACACCUUAUGGAGAUAUAGACACGGGCUAUGGAAAGUACUUGCACAGACUGAGAAGCUUCUUAGGCAGCAGUGUGCCGGGAGUGACACUCAACAAAGCCAAACCACAUGCAGUGAACUUCAGCUACGGUGGAAUUGAUGUGGAUCUGUUGGUUAGCCCAAUCUGGCCAGACCAAUCCACAUUUUGGAAGUUUCUUCAGGAUGUUGAUCAAGACCAAAUUUUUGAUUUCUCAGUGAAUGCUUCGAAGUGGCAAGUGGAAUUUUUCAGCGAUGAAAAACAAGUUUCAAGUCAGGUAAAAGAGUUUAUCAAGCGUGCUAAGGCUUGGAGGAACAAAAAAUGGUCACACAGUAAUGUGGGAAAACCAAAGUCAUACUUCCUCUCCCUCCUCGUACUGAAGGCAUACGAAAAUGCACGAGAGCGUGGUGUCAGCACAUCAUUAAUUGCUAGAGAAACAACAGUUGAUCUAAAGAAGAUUGUUAAAGAUCACAGAAAUGCCAGAAUACAUUGGGAAAGGUUCUACCAUUUUCAAGGUCCAGCUGGAACUUCAUAUCCACGAUUGUAUGUACCAGGUUAUCCAAGAAUACUCGACCCAGCAAACCCUACAAACAACUUAUACGAGACUGGCUUUGGAAAACGCCAUGAUUAUGACAAAGGGGAUGGGAACUGGGCAGAGCUGGUCGCAAACAUUGACACAAUUGAUCUCACAAAAUCUGUUGAGGAGAUGCAUGCAGUGCAAUAGUUAUUAUUAGCUAUAGCUGUUGAUGUACACUGGUUAGCAGUUAGAAUUGGCAACUGACAAAUUUACUAGAAAAAAUAGUUACAUGUACUACAUGUUGUAACCAUUAAUGAUAUUCAUUGAUGGAGUAUUACUUUCUCAAGCAAUGAUUUUUCACGGAAA